AUGCGUUUCUCAUUAUGCUUGCUCAUCGUGAGCCUGUCAACAGGCGUUCACGCCUUCUAUCCAUGGAGCUUGAAGGUUGAAUCAUCUGCCAGCAUUUCGGCUCGCCAUAAUGAGAACCGUCGAUUCUUCCCCUGGGCAUUGAUGUCGGAGGAUUCCGACGACAGCGCCGAUGUGAAGUCACUGACUCUUGAUAUCAAAAAGUAUCCCGUCCGCCGUGGUGAUUCAUAUGCCAUUGUCGAGUCCAGCACUCCAACACUCCCUAACAGUGCUGCACUGGACCAAGAUGGAGAGGACUUCUCCUAUUUCUCCGUGGUCAAGGUUGGCUCUCAGCAGGAAGAGAUGUGGCUCGCUCUCGAUACUGGAUCCCCCAGCAGUUGGGUAUUCAGUACCAUCUGUGAAGAUAGUGCCUGCACAAGCCACCAUACCUUCGACACGUCGGAAUCCACUACCUACACCACGGACAACUCGACCUUCAGCGUCGGAUAUGGCAAUGGUACUGUUCGCGGGAAACUGGGUCAGGACACUUUUGCAUUUGCAGACCUGAACGUGAAUUUCUGGUUUGGAACGACUACAAAUGCGUCAAGUGACUUCUCGAGUUACCCGUUUGAUGGCAUCCUAGGUCUUGGUCGAUCUGGUACCGGGGGCUGGACUAUUCCCUCGUUCAUGGAUGUUGUCAACACGACAGGCCUCCUCUCGUCGAACAUCAUUGGAUUCAGCCUUUCUCGUGCCGAGGACAACGCGAAGGAUGGAGAAGUAAAUUUCGGCACUAUUGAUACGUCCAAGUUUGAUGGCAACAUCUCCUACACCACCACCGACGCGGAUGUCUGGUCUAUCCCGCUCGAUGACGCCUACGUGAACGGCCAAGCUGCUGGCUUUUCGGACAAGUCUGCCAUCAUUGAUACAGGAACCACGUACAUUAUGAUUCCUCCGGCAGAUGCGACAUCCCUGUUCUCGUUGAUUCCCAACUCAACCCAGUCAGGAACGAACUACAUCAUCCCUUGCAAUUCUACUGCGACAUUGGAGUUAUCAUUCUCAGGGGUCAAGUACUCGAUUUCGCCUGAUGAUUACAUCGGCGCAGAGAGCAACGGUAGCUGUUUGUCGACUAUUGUCGCCCACCAAUAUUCAGGCAACAAUACCUGGCUUCUUGGAGACGUCUUUCUCAAGAACGUAUACUCUGUUUUUGACUUUGACAAUGGGCAGGUCGGAUUUGCUGCUCGUAAAACAAUCAGCUCAACUACCACCACGACUGCGACCACCACUACAGCGGCCUCCACUGCCAGCGCUGCCACCGGCACGUCAGUUAUCCAGACUGCAUCGGCGUCUCGCAUCUCUUAUGGAAUUAUCCCGGCCCUCCUCGCUCUCACUACCAGCAUACUCUUCCUCUAA